CGGCCCGGCCCCACCGGAGCCGCCCGCGGGGUCGGGCCCGGCCCCGCCAUGGCCGAGGAUUUCUGGGAGGCUCCGCGCCGCUGAGCCGGGCUGGCCAUGGACCGGAUGAAGAAGAUCAAGCGGCAGCUGUCGAUGACGCUGCGGGGGGGCCGCGCCCCCGACAAGGGCCUGGGGGACCCCCGCGAUGGCACCGGCAGCGACAGCGAGCCGGGGGGGGACGAGGCCCGGAUGGGGUCGGACGGGGAGAGCGACCCCCCCUCGGGGACGUCCUCGGAGGAGGUGGCGUCACCCGUGAGGCUGCGGCAGCACCCGCGGCACGGCGCCUGCGAGGACGUCACCAAGCGCCUGUCCCUGCCCGCCGACACCCGCCUGCCCGAGGGGGGGCUGGGGCUGCCCGGGGCCCUGAGCCGCCGCCUGCGCCGCGUCUCGCUGUCGGAAAUCGGCUUCGGGAAGCUGGAGACGUACGUGAAACUGGACAAACUGGGAGAGGGCACGUACGCCACGGUGUACAAGGGCCGCAGCAAGCUGACCGAGAACCUGGUGGCGCUGAAGGAAAUCCGGCUGGAGCACGAGGAGGGGGCGCCCUGCACGGCCAUCCGCGAGGUGUCGCUGCUGCGGGAUCUCAAGCACGCCAACGUGGUGACGCUGCACGACAUCGUGCACACGCCGCAGUGCCUGACGCUGGUCUUCGAGUACCUGGACCGGGACCUCAAGCAGUACCUGGAUGAUUGUGGGAACGUCAUCAGCAUGCACAACGUCAGGCUGUUCCUGUUCCAGCUCCUGCGGGGUCUCGCCUUCUGCCACCGCCACAAGGUUCUGCACCGCGACCUCAAACCCCAGAACCUGCUGCUCAGCCGCCGCGGGGACCUGAAACUGGCGGAUUUCGGCCUGGCCCGGGCCAAGUCCAUCCCCACCAAGACGUUCUCCAGCGAGGUGGUGACGCUGUGGUACCGCCCGCCCGACAUCCUGCUGGGCUCCACCGAGUACAGCACCCAGAUCGACAUGUGGGGCGUCGGCUGCAUCUUCUCGGAGAUGGUGACGGGGCGGCCGCUGUUCCCCGGGGCCACCGUGGAGGAGCAGCUGCACUUCAUCUUCCGCCUGCUGGGUGGGGAUUUGGGGGACCCGACGGAGGAGACGUGGCCGGGCAUCGGUGCCAACGCCGAGUUCCGGGCGCACAAGUACCCGCUGUACCCGCCCGAGGGGCUGCGGCAGCACGCGCCGCGGUUGGACCAGGAUGGCGCCGACCUCCUGGGGCAGCUGCUGCAGUUCGAGGGGCGGCGGCGGCUGCCGGCGGCGGAGGCCAUGGGACACGCCUUCUUCAGCUGCCUGGGGCCGCGCGUCAGCGCCCUGCCCGACACCACGUCCAUCUUCGCGCUGAAGGAGAUCCAGCUGCAGAAGGAGCCGGGGCUGCGCUCGGCGCCCCUGCCCCCCACAGGUUCUUCCGCCUUCCGGGUGCUCGACACCGAGUUCUGAUGUUGAGCAGCCCCCGGACUGCUGCUGCGCCCCCAGGACCCCCCCAAAUCCGGGGCUGGGGUCACCCCAAAAAUCCUCCAAACCUUUGGGGACGCCCCAAAUCUCCAGGGGGGGGGGGGCUUGGACCGGUGACCCCCCCCCAAAAAAUCCCCCUCCCCCCCAAGGAACUGCUGCUGGAUUUUGGGGGGUUUCACGUGGGACCCCCAUUGUGGGGGGGGUCGGGGGGGGGGGUUUGGGGUCUCCCCCCCGUUUUUUGGGGUCCCCCCCCCCAUUUUUUGGGGGUUUCUUUCCCCCCCCAGUUUACGUCGAGUUUUAUUUUUGCAAGGCAA